CCCGGGAACUUUCUUGAACCGGGUCUAGUCGACCUCCGCCAGAUCAGCCCAGUACCGGUUGGUCCAGUGGCCCCUGUGCCCGAGGACUCCUGGGAAUGGGAUGAAACCGAUAUGACAAUCACAGAAGCAGAACCACAAGAAGAACCAGAACCCGACCUAAUGCACAACCUCACCACAGAACCAGAUCUGCCUUUGGACAUUGAGUUGUCCAAUGAGAAUCAACCUGACAGGAUUCAAAGUGGAGUCCAAACCAGUCAGAGUGGGACGUCCCAAACUGUCCCCCCAAACAACAAUAACAUCUACCAGGUCUACAACCUCCAUAACGUCGAGCUUUACAGACAACCACAGUUUCCUCUCAAUUCUUCAUCUCUCAAAGGAAAACAAAAGCAGCAACUCCUGCUGAAGAGCCUGAGCAAAGACUCCUCUUUCUCCUCGAUCGAAUCCCUCCCGGACCUCCUGGGAGGUUUGAUGUCAAACAGCCGAGGGGGAGAUAAGAUCAGUGGAUACCUGGAUGGAGAGAGUGAGAGGGAAGGUGGAAGGGGAAGUGGGCAGUCGGCAAACAGUCGUCGGUCAGAGUGCGAGAGCGGGAUUGUUAGUGAUACGGGAGAAACAGAGACAGCAACAAACUCUGAAAUCCAGGAAGAGGAGGAGGAGGAGAAGGAAGUUGAGGAAGAUGAGCAGAGGAAGGACGAAACUGAUGUGACUCUGUGCAAAGACGUCACCAAGUACAACCAAAGAAACAAGACAGAGGACAACAAGAAAGACAAAGGAUGGAGGAGGGAGGAAAACAGAGGUGAAAGUAGAAGAAACAGAGAGGAGGAGAAGAGGAGGAAGAACAGGAGGGGAGGAGGAGAGGCGGUUGAGGUCCUGAUCAACAGGCGUGGGAUCCUGACGCCGACGGACUCUGACUCCGACUUUGAGGCAGGAGGACUCGGUGUGGACUCCUCAAAGCCUUUUGUGUCUCGCAGUCACAUCACAGGGAUCAAAGUCGACCAGUUGAACAGUUUGGAGUCGACUCCUGCUCGGAGCCGCCGAGCGUCGAGUCCGGUCUUAUCUCAGGGCUCCUCCCUGGAGUCUCUGCUGGCGCUGGGCGUGGAGUUGUUUCCCUCCAAAGACCCGUUGCAUCGUAGCGCCUCUCUGGAGAGCUGCCUGGCGCCGUGUCGCAGCACUGAAGGGGAGAACGGAGGCAGCCUGGCCAGCCUCGUGGAGCUGGAUCUGGGGCCGAGCAGAGAGGGGGAGGGAGGAGAACCAGCAGAGGAAAUGAAGAGUGAUGUGCAGGGAGAACCAUCCUCUGGGGAGCUGAGUCGUAGAACCCUUGAUCUCCUGAAACGCCUGGAGAACAUCCAGAGUCCUCUGACGGCAAAAAUGACCCGUAGUGUUUCUGACAUGACGCUUCGGAGCAGCUCCCCGCCGCGGAGCCGACUCCCUGCCUCUCCUUCUUUUGGUGGUCGACCCACACCCCUCUAUGGAACGUCAAGUUCUUCACGGAAAGGACCGCCAUCCCUGAUCAACGAAAGUUCGGCCACAGCAUCGCUAACGGAGCUGAGCAGCACUGAGGACUCAUCUGUAGGGUCUGAAGAUUUUGCCUUGCUCAGAAAUCAGCGCCACCACUUCCUGGAUCCCAACAUGGCGGCAAAUGCUAACUCAGGCUCUUACAGGAAACGUUGUCACGGUAACAGCCGAGGAGGACAAGCGAUGGAUGAAGCCGAUGCGGCGAGCUUGAGCAUGGUGGUAAAUGUGUCUUGUACAUCGGCGUGCACGGACGAAGACGAGGAUGACAGUGACCUCCUGUCUUCCUCCACGCUAACGCUCACUGAGGAGGAGCUUGGCGUACGGGAAGGAGAGGACGAAGAGGAGGAGAGGUUGAGCUGUGCCUCAUCUGGUAACGACGAUGAUGAUGAAGAGGAGAUGGAGGGCUCUUACGUGUUGGGACUGGAGUACAUGAGGAGCGAGCUGCAGAGUUGGAUCCGAUCUCCUCGCAACUCCUCUAAAACUGAGGCAGGUCUCAGGGAUGAGCUGCAGUGUGGAACCCACCCGUCCUCCUCCUUCACCACCUCCUCUCACAACAAGGAGCAGCAAGGUUUCCUAAACCGCUCAGCUGCUAAAUUAAUAGAGACGAGCACAAACAGUGGCAACGACAAAACAAAAAGAGAGAAAAAGGAGCAGGAGGAAGAGGAGGAGAACAGGAGGAAUGCAACAAGAAGCUACAUCAGCCAGUUUGUAGACGACGUGGAGAACGGAAAUGUGGAUCAGAGCUGUUUGAAGGGGAAAGAUGAAGAUGAUGAGCUCCUCAGAGAGGAGUCGAGUGUGUUCACCAAGAAAGGAGAGUCAGUGAGGGAAUCGUACGUGUUUGCUCAGACAGGAGAGUCGGUUCGGGACGUCGGCGACUUGAUCGUGAAAACGGAAUCAAACUCAACGAAACAGCUUUCUUCAUCUCCGACCUGUGAACUCCUCCCAUUCAGACGGGCCUCCUCCUUGGUGGGACAGCUGCAGGGAGAGCUGCCCUGCCACAGCUCCUCCCUGCCCUCGCCUCUGUCCCUCUCGCCCGUUGAGGACUGCAGAUCCCACGAUGCCUUGCACAACAGCAGGCCGGCGGCUGGCGGAAGAAAGGCCAUCACCAUUCAGGAAAAGUUCAAAUUCUCAUCGUUUGUGACGGAGGAGACGAGGAGGGAGGUCAGAGACAAAGAAUCGUCCUUGCCUCCCAAAAAACGCCGCGGUUGUCACGCGUCCUGCCACGACCACCUCCCUUCCUCCUCCCCCCGUCCGUGCGGCGUGGACGAGGGCAAGACGGAGAACGUGCACGACUUCGUGAUGGAGAUUAUUGACAUGACCUCACUGGCGCUGAGGAGCAAAGAGAAUCAGCCUGAGGAACUGAACCAGGUGGAGGUCGGCGGGUCGAGUCCGGACCACGGCCCUGCGUCGCUGACACAGAUCAGAGACAAGGUGCUCGAACACUCCCACCGGCCUCUCCACCUCCGUAAGGGAGACUUCUACUCCUACCUGUCGCUCUCCUCCCACGACAGCGACUGCGGCGAGGUCAGCCAGUGCUCCGAGGACAAGAGCUCCACCCCAGCGCCGUACAGCAUCCCGUCGUACACCACACCCACACAGGGCCUCCGCAGCCCGAGCCCGGAGCUGUACACCAGCACCAGGCGGCAUCGCUCCUCCCCGAGCCUCGACUCCAAGAACGACCUCCGCGCUCUGGACUUGAGGUCGGCAGACAGAGAUGCUGACGGCACCGACCCGACCAGCCCGUCGCAAUCCCUGCCCCCCAGCCCCGACAUCAGGGAUGAGGAGACGCUGUUCGCAGCCUGCACAGAGGAGGUCUACCUGGGCCCGCCGCUCUGCUACAGUAUGGUGCUCACCAGGAAACCACGGACGCUGCGACUGAAGGAGAACUCGAUGAGGAGCAGUCCAGGAGUUGAGAGUUGUCCAUAUUUGACUCCAGAGGAGCCUCACUCCAAACCAGGGGAUGUUCUGAGCCACUUGUGUCCCUCAGAGGAGUCUGUGCUGGACAGGAACCAGACAGAGGAGACACAGCGCUCCUUCCUUCCUCUCCUGGAGCCUCGUUACAGCUCCUUCUCCACCUCCUCGCCCUCAACCGCCAUCCCCGCCUCCCUCCAGGGGCCCGGCCGCCAACCGAAAGACGACAGCCCUCCCUCUCUCCCUGCCGUGUCCUCUGGUGCCGCGAAAGAGAGGCGAGGUGAGGACUCGCACCUCCUCUGUGAUGUCGCUGGAAGAGAAGUCGCGGCCACUGCGAGUGUCAGUGCGCCGCAGGAGGAGAGGAGUCGUAAUGAGGGGCCUCCUUAUCUUAAUCCCUGGGCACGUGUCGGCCCGAUAGACUCCUCCGCAGCCGAAUGUUUGGCAGAUACUAAAACGCUUGAAUCCAAUAUGGGCACCGUAAUGACCAAGAUAAGUGUCUGCGGCUCCGCUACAAAUCCCUCAAAAGAGCCAGCCGCCACGCGUAUUAAUCCCAAAAUUAACUGCUCGCCGAUGAGAGAGGCAGAUAGGGGGGAGGAGGGGGGGAGGCGAGGAGACGCUCGGCGGGUGAAGCGGGAGGAGAAGACGACGAGAGGGCGGAGCGGCUCACAGCAGGAAGCGAGGACAGUGGCGGCGAAGCAG